GGAUAACCUUUGGUAUUUAGCGUUACGUUAGCAUACCAUUUGCACAGUUACCAUAGUAACAAGAUACAAGAUAUAUAGAGAUGCUAUAACCAACGCCGAGUAACGUUUGACAAUUUGGACGGGUUCGGUUCUGUGCAUCGUAAUAGCAUUAACAUGGCUCUAGUGAAACGUUGAUAUGCUUUGCUGCUAAAUAACGCAGAGGACGUCCUUGUUUCAGGGAUGGGACAGCCGCCUGUGGUGAUCCUCCGGCGCCUCAUGAGUGGCAGGUAACGUUAGUGACGGUGCAAAAGCAAUGUUGUGCCGCUGUGCACAAUGAAGAAAAUAUUCAGCUUCACCAAGAAAAAGAAACACCCGUCCGGUACUCCUGACAACGGGAGUGUGCUUUCUGUUGGCUAUGACCUGAAAGACAAGGACCUCGGGAAGGUUCACAAGGCUGCAUCAGGGGGUGAUCUGGCAAAGUUGAGGCAGCUCGCCAAAAAGAAUGAUAUCAAUCAACUUGACAAGGAAAACAGAACUGCGCUUCAUAUUGCCUGUGCCAGUGGACAUGCUGAAGUGGUGCAGUUUCUCGUUGAGAGCAAAGCCAAGCUUAACCUAUGCGACAAUCAAAAUAGAUCCGCCCUAAUGAAGGCAGUGCAGUGCCAGCAUGAUUCCUGUGUCAAAAUACUGCUGGAGAAUCAUGCCGAGCCUAACCUGGUCGACAUCAAUGGCAAUACAGCACUACAUUUAUCAGCAAACAUCCCAUCCAUGUCAACUACUAUCGCUCUGCUGGAGCACGAGGCCAACAUCAAUGCACACAAUAAGGAGGGAUUCACACCCUUGAUUGUGGCAGUCCGUGAGGACCAUAUCGAGAUGGCUGAGUUUCUCCUCAAAGAGCGGGCUGAUAUAAAUACAAUGGACCAAAGCCAAAGGUCCGCUUUAAUGUUAGCUGCAGGCAAUGGACAAAUCAGUAUGUUGCGGCUGCUUCUGAGGUUUGACGCCGAUAUCACAAUAAAGGAUACCAAAGGAUGGUCAGCCGAUGAUUACGCUGUGAUGAAUGGUCAUCAUCCAUGUUCCCUUCUGAUCAUUGAGCACAGUACCCAGAAGAAUGAAGGGCCCUCUAUAUCAAAUCAAGGGCUGAGCAAGAAGAAGAAAAACACCGUGUUGGGUAGUCCUUCCCAAAACGUUGAAGCGGGCUUCUCUUUGGGAGGACCAGCCAUUGAUAAAGAUGAGCAUCGAGCAAAUGAAGCAGGGGGAGAUUUUGAAGACAAUUCUCAGUCGAAGUCUUUAAGUCGGGUUUCAAAAAGUGCUGCAGAUGAAUGGGCUUCAUCAGAUGAUGAUGAUGAAUCAGUUUUAAUCGAAAAGCAACCACCGAAGGUAAACCUGAGGAAAAUGAUUGCAUCUAAAAGAGGAAAAGCUUCUGCGAUACCUGACAAAUCCCUGAGCGCUACAGAAUCUGAACCAGAGAGUGAGAAUAGAGUGCAGAGAAUCCCAUCCCUCCUUAAGGCGUUACCGUCCAGCAAAGCUCCACAGCGCCCAGUAGAUCCUUCUCCCAUUUCCUUCCUGUCCAAAGCACCCCAGAUGUCUUCUACCCCUCUUCAAAGCUACAAAAAGAAAGAAGAUUCGACUGGGGAUGAGGAUGAUGAUGACCAGGAUGAUGAGGAGGAGGAGGAGGAUGAGCAGGAAGAAGAGGAGGAGGGUGAGGAGGAGGAGGAAGAAGAUGUCUCAGAUGAUAAUGAACAACUUGAAGCAAGUGCGGAGUCCCUUGAAACCACCUCAGCUGUUCCUGAAACAGAAGUCUCUAAAGAUAAGAAAAGGGAUUUCCUGUCCGAGCUGGGUCUAGAGCAGGGAGAGGAAGAGCAGGACUCUUGGGACUCUGAGUCCCACUCUGAAAACCCCAAAAUUCCACAGCAAGAGAAACAAAGCUCGCUUAUCAAAGUUAAAGAAGACACUGUUGAAGAAGAGAGAAAAGAAGUUGGAAACAACCAUACUGGUGAUAAUAGACAAGGAGAUGUUGAGAAAGAUGAUGGUAUACAGAAAGAGACUGAGAAGUCAAAGUGGGAACCUCUUCGUGUUUUGAGCAAACUUGAAGCCGAUCACGAACAGCAGAAAGACUUAAUGGAAGAGCUCGGUCUUGGUGAUGUUGAUGAUCUUGAAGAUGCGUCAGACUGGGACUCCGCCAGUACGGCCAGUAAGAGAACCCUGCCCGGCCGCAGAAUGCCCUCCCCUGGACUGGAGGAGUCCCCAGAAUGCUCUUAUCCACCUAAAGAGCAGGAAGAAAACCUUGCUUCAGCUGCACCUCCAACAACUCCAAGAAGCAUCAACCCCAACACAACAACACCCAGCACACCCCCUCAACCCGUGCCCCAACCCCAGCCUCGAGCAAGGAAGAUGGUGCCUGCAAAACCAGAGAGUGAAGAAGAAUCAGAUUGGGAACAAGACAAUGUGGCAUCCACUAGCAAUACAGCCAAAGUUGACAAUCAGCUGCAAAACCUAGCUGAGCUUCAGAUAGUGGUUACACCAGGUUCCCCUGAGCUCUCACCGAUGGAAAGAGACAUCAUAACUAACGAAGAGUCUGACCAGGAGCAACAAAAGGAGGUAGAUGGUGCAGUAGAUAUAUGCGAGCUAGAUCUAAAUAACUCGAAUCCAUCUGGCCAUGCGGGCUCUGACGAUGGAGAAAAGGAUCAUAUCUUUAAAGAUCAACCCAGUUAUGAACAAAGAGGUGAAGCUAGUGAUGGCGUCCCAUGGGAGAAUCGCUACGAGAAGCUGUGGGUGGAGGUGGAAAAACGGGAGGUGAAAUCCACCUUCAAGAACGUUGCUGGGGAAUUAAAAGAGAAGUUUGGAGAACUGCUUCGAUCAAGACGGACUGCAGAAGAAGUCGUAGAAGAAGAACAGGCCACGGCGGAAUCUACUUCUGCAGACGAAGAGUCGAGCGAUGAAGACGAAGAUGGGGAAGUGAUUGUGCGCCCGACGGCCAGAGCAAGGAGUACCGUCCUUCUCACCAUACCCGAGCAGAGGGAGUCUGGACAGGAAGACUCUCUGGCGGAUUCAACUGACAACUCGUUAUGCGAUGACCCGAUGCAGGUUUCAGCGCCCCCCCCACGUAGUGAGAGCAACAUGUGCCGAGAGUCAGAUGUACUCACUGAUGAAGUCCUUGAAGAGCGCAGAUCUCCGUCACCUCCACUCACCACAGCACAAAGAAACAGCUGCGUAGAUCACGUUACCACGGCUCUGAAUGAUGAUCAUACCAUGCACAUGUCAGAUGUUGACGGAAGCACAUUCUUAAAGGAUGAGACCAAACUGAGGCCAUCCCACAAACCACAUCUGGACCUCAUCUGGAAGGACAGCAGUGCUAAUUUAGCUGAUCAAAACAAUGCCAGUUCAGAAGAGGACCCUGAGGAAUUCGCCAAGUUUCGUCCCCCCUCAAUGAGCAGACGUUCAGCAUCACUCCUAGGUGUUUCUGAUGAAGAGCUCGAGGAGGACAUGGGAAGAUUUAAACUUGAGGUAGGGGUGCUGAAGGUUGUCUUCCAGGAUUUGGAGAAAGAAAAAGCCCAACUCCAGAAAGAGGUUGGCAAAGACACCAUAACGACUGCAAUGGAGGUGCAAAAAUCCAGUACCUCUUGGGAUUCUGGUGGAACGGCAUUGGAAGAAGUGGGCACUGAGAAACCUGAGACCAGCAUGUCAAUUCCAGCGGGAGCAAUUCAUCAGGAGAAGCCGUCUGCAGCCAUCAAGAGCACCAACGGGGCACCUGUGCAAUUGCGUCUCCCGCUCCAGCAGACCUACAAUAGCAGCAAACAGGAGGGACCAGCUGUAGAGGAGACCCUACAGCUGGAGCUGGUCCGAGGGGCCCCGCGCAGCAGAGCCCCUCAGACCAACGCUCAUGUCAACGGAGAUCCUCUCUCUGUGUUUGACGAUAGCACAUUAAGUGAAGUGUCGGACGAUGAAGGAAGGUUUCCAGCAAGUGGACAGCAGAGAAACAAGAAUCCUGAAGAAGUGGAGAUGGCAGAAGACUUUGAUGAACUCACUCAGUCGUCGGACACAGCCACGGACGACUCUCCCACUUCAGGCUAUCGCCACGCAUCCCUCCUCAUUCAGAAGCUGGACUCAGCCACUUUGGACUCGAGAAGCAUGGUGAAGCUGCAGAACAUUUUCCACGAGUAUGAGCGCUCUAUCCAAAAGGCAAGGAGUCGCCAUGGGUACCUGUCAGACAAGGUGAGCCAGCUGGAAAUGGAGAGGGCGGAGUUGAACAGCUCUCUGGAGGAAGUUAAAGAUGUGAAAUCGGCCUUGGAGCGCAACCAGCUGGAGCUGCAGUCUGAAGUCCCAAACCUCAAAUUUCAGCUGAAACAGGAGCAGGAACAUCGCCGCAACGCCACCAUGAUGUACAACACGACCAGAGACCAGCUUAGAAGGAUGGAGGAGCAGCACCAGGUGGAGGUGCAGGACAAGCAGAAGGUGGAGCUCACCCUCAGGAACCUGGAGCUGGAGAUGAGAACGCUUGUCAACAGCAUGAAGCAGCUUGAAGAGGACCACAGUGAGACCCAGAGACUGCUCGCUCAGGAGCGCAGCGCUCGGACUCUGCAGGAGAAUCUGCUCAACAGCCAUCUCCGUAAACAGCAAGAGAUAGAGCACGAGAACAAAAGAAACAUCAGCAAAAGCAAUGAGGCUUUGUCUCAGCUCACUGAGGCCAGUGACAGGGAGAGGGAGCUGCUCCAGCAAACUGCCACCUUCCAGGAGCAGCUGAGCAUCCUCAGAGCAGACGUGGAGCGUUCACAGGCCAACAGCAGUCUCAAAGAGAGCCACCUUUUGGAGGAGAAUGAACACCUCAAAGAGCAGCUGGAAGAUGCUCGUCGAGAUCUUAAACUCAACAGUGAAGCCCUGACCCAAACUGUGUUCAACUGCAAUAACCAGCUGACCGCCUUGAAGUCUGAGUUUGCUAUGACAUCAAACCGUCUGGAAAACGAGCGACAGACUCGCGAAACGCUGGACGCAGAAGUCGAUUCCACUCGUGUCCGCCUGGCUGGAGCCGUAAAGGAGGCGGAGCUUUGCCUGUCAGCUCACACAGAGACGGAGAGAGCUCUGCUCCGGGAGAGAGAGGAACACCAGCGUCUUAAGGACAGACUCACAGGUGAAGUAGCCAAUCAACGUGAGUCAGUCAGCAGCCUUUCCCAGAAGCUGUCCAAGGCAGAGACUCGCGCGAACAGCCUGGAGAAUGAAGUACACCGAGCCACACUGCAGCUGACGGAGAAAAGCCUCCUGCUGGACGUCCUGCAGCGGGAGAAGGACCAGGAGGCUGCCCGGGUGAAGGAUCUAGAAGCGGCCCUGCAGGUGAAGGAGGAGCAGGUGAACCGCGCCGGAGCACGGCAAGAGGCCGCACAGGAGCGGCUAGCCCAAACCCAGAGUGAGAGCAUGUUACUACGGCAGCAGCUAGAGGAGUCCCAAAACAAAGGCGUUGCAAAGGAGCGUGCGGUGACAGACGCCCACGAUCGCUUCAGUGACCUCCUGUCCCAGCUGCGCUCCGACAGCGAGGAGAGGGUACAACUAGUGGAGGAGAGAAGCAAGGAGCUCGCCAGUAAGGCUGCUGAAUUCCGAGAACAGCUCUACAAGAAUGAGGAACAGAGGAGCGAAAGAGAGACUACCUUAAGGCAUCUGCAGCAGGAGCUGGCUGACUCACUCAAGAAGCUGUCAAUGAGUGAGGCUACUCUGGAGGUCAACACACGCUAUCGCAAUGACCUGGAGGAGGAGAAGGCUCGACUCUUUAAAGACUUGGACAGGCUCAAAGGAAAGCUGGAGGAAAGCGAAGACCAGUAUGUUCAGGCUGAGAGACGCAUUAACAGUCUGAAGAGCAGUCUGGAUGAGAGGGAAAAGGAGCUCUCCACCGCUGUUCAGAAACACCAGGAGGCGCUGUUAGCCUCGGCAGCUUCGGAUACCACCAUCAAACAGCUGGAGGAAGCUAUGCAAAGGUUGGAGAUAGAGAACGCCCGGCUGGAAGCUGCUGCAAAGCAACAGGCCAACAGAAUUGAAGCUCUUCAGAAAGGGGCUCAGGAGUCUGCCAUGCAAUCUGACUGCUCGCCUGGAGAAGGGGUGAGAGGUCAUUUGGAGGAGUUGGUAACAAACCUCCAAAGCAGUAAGAUGACUUUGGAAGACCAACUCAAUCGAGAGGUCCAGAAGCAGAGCAUGCUGUCCCACACGGCGCACGACUCUCAGGCCCUGUGGGAGGAGGAGCUGAAGAGCCGCUCUAAGCUGGGACUGCGCCUGGCAGAGCUGGAGAAGGAAAAGGGAGACCUGAGCACCCAGAUGGAGAUAGAGAAGAAGAAAGCCAAGAAGAUCUCGGAGCAGAAGAAGGCUGUAGACGGCCGGCUGGAUCAAGAGAUGCAGAGAAACACAGAGCUCCAAAAAGAAAUGUACAGGUUGCGUACUUUAGUGAAGACUGCCAAGAAGAAACUGCGGGAUCAGGACACAGGUGGAGCGGAGUUUGCCUCUCCUCUGGGCAGCCUGCGGGUGGAGCAGGGCAGACACAGCCAGGCCGAGGGGGCGAUUGGCCGGAUGAAAGAAAGGGUGGACGAUCUGCAGGUACAGCUUGAGAAGGAAGCGUCCCGCCGCAGUCAGCUGGAGAAGGUGAACGACGACCUGAAGGAUCAGCUGUCCUCCCUGAAGAGCUCGAGCCGCGGCAACGAGCAGCUGGAGAGGAGUAAGAGGCAGCUGGAGGAGGAGGUGCUGGACCUGAGACGGCGAAUGGAGGCCGUUCAGAUGGAGCAGAGCCAGGUGGAGCAGUACCGCCGUGAUGCCGAGGAGAGGGCCCGUCAGGAGAUCCAACAGAAACUGGAGCAGGUCAACGUCUUCCUGCAGUCCCAGGCAGCAUCCCAGGAAGCGUUGGAUCAGAUCAAAGCGGCCAAUGAGACUAACCUGCGCUCCCAGCUGGAGCAGAAGAUCCGGGAGUUGGAGGGGGAAUUGAACCGGGCCCGCACCACCCAUCAUGACAGCCUCAACCAGAGAGACUCCACCCGCACGGAGCUGGAGCGAUACCGCCAACUCUACGCCGAGGAGCUGCGGGUCCGCAAGUCCCUCGCUGCCAGACUUGAGAGGGCCAACAGUCGACUCUCGGAAGCCAAUUCCAAGCUGCUGAACGAGCGCAGCCGCUCUCUGAUCACCAGCAGCAUCGCUAACGGAAGCCUUGGGGGGCCCACGCUGGACGUGAGCUCUCUGGGUUCACCAUUACACUACGGGGCCACACUGGGACCCCUGAACAGGAGUCUUGGCCUCGGACUCUCACUCCUUAACCCUGUAACGGACGGGCACAACAGCAGAGUCGAGGACUACCUAGCAAAGAUGCAGAGCGAGUUGGAUAGAAACAUAUCAAAGGAAUUAAACAACGCCUCAGCAGAGCUGGACGUAGCUUCAGCCCGGAUGUCCCCAGUGGGCUCGGCCUCACGGGUGGAGCUGGACCCCGUCAGCAGGGCCACGCAGCAGUACUUAGAGGUACUGAAGAAGAACAACAUGAUCUGAACACACAUCAUCAUCACUGCUGCUCGCGGACAUUUUAGCCAAAAAAAAAACGUCAAAUUCUGACUGUAUCAACAGAAGGCCAAAGCAACCGCCCUUUCAUAAAACACCAUAAUCCCACUUUGUACGUAUUCACUCUCCUUUCUUAUAUGGAAGAAGCUAACAUAAUGCACAUUGCACUUAACCACUCAGGAGCAAAGGGCAUGAGUCAUAUGAAUAUAUAUACAUCAUUGAUGGGUACACUAAGAGAGAACCUCAAAAGUAUUUGUUCCUUCUGUUUAAUCUGUUACUCUUUGGUUUAUAUUAGCACAAUAUAUAUAUAUAUAUAUAUAUAUAUAUAUAUGGUUUUGAUUUUUAUUUGUGAAUAUUGGUUUCUAAAUGUUAAGUAUUUGAUGUUUGCAUCAUUAAUAAUCUUGCCAAGAUAUUACACUUGGUACGUGCCAUCAAAUGGUGCAAUAUCUGUCUUGGUCUUACUUUAUUAGACUCAUUGGAGUAUUGUGUUAAUAAUUAUUUAUUCAUUCAUAUUUUUGUAUGAACAUGAUAUACUUGAAUAAGACGAGCUGGAAUGCUCUCUGGCUGAAACAGGGUGACUACAUUUGUGUAACUCUUUUUGUGUUGUCUUGCUUUUUGGACCACUAAAAAGUGAAACACACUUUUUUUGUUUUUGUUAGUUCUUGUUUUUUUUCAUCAUUCAUAAAUACUGUAACAAAAUACAUAAACAUUUAUGACGCCUGUAAAUAACAGAAGACUCUAAAGUUGUAAUUAAAUACUAAAAUGACAAAACCCUGAACUUGAGUGAGCUGUUGAUCCUGGAGGGGCCGUUAACCACGAAAGAACAUAAAAUACAUGUCGAGAUAUGAUAUUGAACAAACAAAGGAAAAGAAGGAAACUAAACAUUAA